CUCCGCGGGAGGUGGUGGUGGCGGCGGCGGCGGCCUCGGUUCCUGUCGGUGUCCGGUGGGAGGAUGCGGAGGCCGCGGCGAGGAUGGAGACGCUGAAAGUGAAGGACCGGAUCCUGGAGAACAUCUCGCUGUCGGUGAAGAAGCUCCAGGGUUACUUUGCUGCCUGCGAGGAUGAGACGCCAGCAAUCCGAAACCAUGACAAGGUCCUCCAGAGAUUGUGUGAGCACCUGGAUCACGCCCUGCUCUAUGGUUUGCAGGACAUCUCCUCUGGAUACUGGGUGCUGGUUGUCCACUUCACACGCAGUGAGGCAGUGAAACAGAUUGAGGUGCAGCAGCAUGUCGCCACAAACCUUGGUCGCAGUCGAGCCUGGCUAUACCUGGCAUUAAAUGAAAAUUCUCUGGAGAGCUACCUGAGGUUGUUCUGGGAAAACCAGACUCUGCUUCACAAGUACUACUUCAAGAAUGCCCUGGUCUGUAGUGAUGAUCACCUGACCUUGUUCCUCACACUGGUCUCAGGACUGGAGUUUAUCCGAUUUGAAUUGGACCUGGAUGUUCCCUACCUGGAUGUGGCUCCAUACAUGCCCGAGUAUUACAAGCCACACAACCUGCUGGAUUUUGAAGAGCGUCUGCCCAACUCGGUGCAGGGCUCCGACAGCCUUUCUCUGAACUCCUUCAACUCGGUCACCUCCACUAAUCUGGAAUGGGAUGACAGCGCCAUUGCCCCCUCCAGUGAGGUGCGUUGGAGGAACAGCAAACUGCCAGCUUCGCUCCUAGAUUAUGAUUUUGGAGAUGUAUUUCCAGCAGCACAUUCCAUGCCCAGCACAGACUGGGAAGAGGGUGAACUGACGGAUACAAUCAGCAGCUGCCCCAGAUCUGGGACUUCUGAGAGUUUAAACAAAAGCAAUGGGAAGAGCCCCACUUUACGCCACAAUCCUUUCAACACCGAGAAGGUGGAGGCACGGAGCAUGCCGGAGCUCAGCACGGUGCCCAGCACCGAGUGUGAAAGAGAGGAGAGCAAUGGAAAUCUGCAGGAUUCUGCAGAGCUUGAGCUGGAGCUUGAAGUGAUUAGAUUGGCGAAAAGGAAAAAAAACACAAAGAAGAAGAGGGCAAAAUCCGAGGAACGAGUUCUUGAGGACAAAACUCUAGUGGUGCUGCUGCCAAAGGAGGAAGCAAAGUCCGAGCAGGAUUUCACCAGCCGUUUGGCAAAAGAUCAGAACAAUUCACUGUAUUUGCAGAAUUGCAAAGAGGCCUCAGGUGGGGAGGAGGGCAGCAGGCCCCGGGACAAGCCACGUUAUGCAACCCGUCGCAUGUCUGAGGCAGAUAGCCAGCCGGGCCUGCUUAUACCACAGAUGAAGGACACCUCAAUGAACAGUGUAGGGAAUCCUUUAAGUGAGGUGAUUGAACGGCUGAAUGGAACACUAGAUGACAACAGCUGGACUGCGGAUAAUGAUCAGCCUGAGCAGCCCUUUCGGACCGGUAUCCCGGGGGACACCCCGGAUGAACCACCCUAUCGGGGGUAUAGUGAGCGGAAGCCACCUACCAUGGACUUCUACAGGUUUGCACUCGAGAGUCCAGGUGCUGGUGCAACAAGUGGCAGCGACCAUGACACUUCAGGGGAUGGUCAACAAGCGCAUGUUUUUAGUAGCUAUGAGAGUGCUGACUCGGAAGCGUGCAAAAGGGAGGAAAUCUCUGGGACCGUAGAGGAGGCUGCUACCCCACGGAGCGAUGGAGUGGAGACGACAGGGACACAGCGGCUCUCUGGGCAAGAUGAUCUGAUGGAGGUUUGCGGUCCCAGCCAGGAACAGUCUGUCAUGCAGCCUGGAGAACCUGAGAAUCCCAACACGGAGGGAGCUGGCAGUAGAUCAUCAGAGAAAGAAGUUGCUAGUAGUAGCCCUGUAGAGGGAAAGGGGGCUGGAAUUAGCCACUUGGAGCUUGAGGAACCUGGCAAUAACACCUCGGAGCUAGAGGGAGCUCGAAAUAGUCCCUCAGAGUUGACUCAUUCAGCAGAAUUCAGGGUGGACAACAACCUCCUGCUUCUGUUGAUGAUUCAUGUCUUCCGAGAGAACGAAGAACAACUCUACAAGAUGAUGCGGAUGUGGUCUGGUCACAUGGAGGGGAACCUGCAGUUGCUGUAUGUGCUUCUGACAGACUGUUACAUCUACCUGCUGAGAAAAGGAGUUGCUGACAAGCCCUAUAAUGUGGAAGAAGCGGUGUCUUACAAUGAACUUGACUACAUCUCAGUGGGGCUGGGCCAGCAGACCGUCCAGCUUGUCUGCACUAAUCGACGCCGGCAGUUCCUGCUGGACACGGCAGAUGAGACCCUCACAGAGUUUUUCCUCAGUGCUUUGAAGUCAGCCAUGAUUAAAGGCUGUCGAGAGCCACCGUACCCCAGCAUCCUGACUGAUGCCACUAUGCAGAGGCUGGCACUGACCAAGUUUGUGGCCCAGGAGUCCAAAUGUGAGCCGUCGGAAGUCACCAUCCACCUGUACAGUCUGAUUCACUGGGAAGACCCUCUGGAUAUAACUGCAGGACCCCAGGGGAGCCUCUACAUGCCUGGUGCAAAUUCAGUCACCAAGGAGGGAUUGUUGCAUUACAAGGCUGGGACCACCUACUUAGGGUCACCCAUCUGGAAAUCCUCCUAUGUCGUGCUCAGCAAUGGGAUCCUUUAUCAGUACCCCGACAGGACAGACAUGAUGCCAAUCAUUUCGAUAAACUUGGCGGGAGAGCAGUGUGGUGGUUGUCGGAGAUCCAGCAUUACGGAACGGCCGCACACAUUCCAUGUGAUCCUGACUGAGCGCCCUGCCCUGGAGCUGAGUGCCGAGAGUGAGAAGGAGAUGGCUGACUGGAUGCAGCACCUCUGUCAAGCCGUGUCUAAAGGGAUUAUUCCUCAGGGUGUGGCACCCUCGCCAUGUAUCCCCUGCUGCCUUGUAGUAACUGAAAGGCUGGUCAUUACAUGUCACGAGGACUCCCAGACAAGCUUCUUCCGAUCGCUGGGAAGUGCUGAGCUAAUCAGUGUGAGCAGCAUCUCCAUAGACCCCAAUGGAGAGUACUGCCUGAUGGAGUUUUCUGAGGAUCAGAAGCAGACUUCGCCUCCUUGGUUUCUGUACUUCAGCUGUGCUGCAGAAUUGGAACGUUUCAUUACUGCGCUUAACGUAGCCUGGAGAAGCAUCUAUCAGGUGGAUCUGCCUCAGAAGCAGUUACAGGAGCCCUGUGUUCAGAGGAAGUGUGAAGAUGCCGUGCUGCUGAUCCGCACCACGUGGCAGCGCAGUGACAGUCUGCACCGAGGUCGCUCCGAGCGAGAUCCCUGGUGCUGAACCCCAGAGAAUUGCACCUUCAGGGCUGGACUGAACAUCAUGGAGAACUGUCAUGCUGGCAAUUGCGUGUGGCCCACAGAGCACAAAGUUAUUGAGGUGCACGGAGGAGAAUUCUGGUAGCAACACAAUGGGGUAUGCGGGAAAUCGGAUUUGCCAUGACAAAAAUCUCUUGCCCAACAGAACACUGAUCAACCACCCAUCAAGCCUUUAGGAAAUACUUCAUCAACAGUGUCAGGGAUACCCGAUGGUCUUUGAACAUAGACCUGCUUGUUUAGCUGGGUAUCAGGUGAGUGCCUCCGUCUAUCCUGACGUGUGCAUUGAAUUCCCCCACUGGGCCGAGUUGACAUUUUACAACUGCUGAAGUUCUCAGCCUCUCACUGGCAACAAGCACUAGCCUGUGUGGCCUCCAAUGAUAAUAGCACCUUCAAUAUGGUGGGUAAAUCUAGUUUUGGCUGCCUGUCUCUUCCUCUCAGAAAAGAAAGGCAUAAGGUCGAUGUGCCGUAACCGAGCCCGUUUAUAUAACGCUGCACAGUGAUUGUCUCUUGUGCUCAGAAGCUGGUUUGUUCCGGUGACACGGAGGAAUGCUAUCUUGUUGCUUCCAUCACUUCCCAGCCUCUGAAAGCAGCUGUCAGCUCCACUCGGCGAAUUUCCUUGAUGGUUUUAAUGAAGGUUUUAUUUUCAGAGUACCCACAGGAGGAGCACUUGGUGCGGGCGUCUCCAUGGUUACUAAAACGAUAGUUAGUCUCAGUGACUGAUGCAAAGCUGUCUGCACAUAGUAUAUAUAUAUAUAUAUCCUUGCUAGAAUUUUAGGAAAUACCAUUUUAUAAAGAAUGCUUUUACUGAUCAAUUGUUGCUUUGAUUUGGACUGCACACAUCCUGUUUCCUGAUGAGGCUGUUUGUGGAAAAAAAAAGGCACUUGAGGCUGUGCCUGACAUCCGCCCUGAGAUUGGUGUAGGUAGAGUAGCUGGUUUGUGGGAAUCUUGUCCAGCGCUGGGUGCUGGGGACCUGAUGGAAUGUGUGCUGCUGACUUGCAGUUUUUAAGUUUUGUUUUUGUGUCUGUGUGACCUCCUUCUCUUCAGAUUGUAGAACGCAACCCACACUGCUGUUAUUUAAAUGCAAAUGUGGAGUGGGAUUUUCAGCCUGCAAAGAGGAUUUAUUACGAGAAAACAUUGGCUCCAUUCAGUAAUGCCUCUCAGUUCUGAACACUGUUUGGUUCAUCAGUCCAUUGAAAGGGACUGAAUUUUCCCAGCCACUCACCAGCUGCUGCCUGUAGAGAGGUGUAGGUGAGGGACCUGCAGGGAAAGGCUCUUGUACUCCUACAGGGAAGGGGAGUUGAGAGGAAUGUCCCUUAUUCCUGCAGUCUUUGGAUCAGCAAGUCAACCUCCUGAAAUUCCUCAAUGUCUUAGUUUUCAAAUGACAAGCUCAAAAUUUAAGAUCAUGCAGAAUUUUUGGAACAUUCUUAAAUUCAGUCCUUUUAGAAAACGGUUUCUGCCUUUCUUACAAAGAAAUAACACCUUAUCGUGCCGUUGAGACGUCUCAGAAAGUGCUUUUUAGGAUCUGCUCUUCAGUAGCAGAGAAUAAACUUUCAUUGUGCCAUUUAUUGCUGCUGUACAAUCCAAUCCAUAAAUCACACCAUCGCAUAUAUUAAUACCUUCUAUCAUGUGAGAUGUGAUUUGUGCAAUUUAUAUUCAUAAGAUUUACACAAAGUAACUUAGACAAGCUGCGUAUUGGACUGUUUUACCAGCAGAAGAGAGAGGCAUGUUUCCAAAGAGACGGUAGCAAAGCUUCUAGUGAAGAAACUUUGUGCCGCUUGAUGUGAAUCUUUCUGCCUGAAAUAGAAUGCAGCAACACAUUAACAUUGUGUAAACUAGCGAAUGUGAUUCCUGUUAAGUGCUAACAGCCCGUGCAUGGUCUGUUAGUAUAACGUGCUGCAGAUUCAAGGCAUCAUUAUUGCACAUGAGAAGAUCCAUUCAAGCAGUCACUGGAAGGAUCACCCCCUCCUCCUGUGUCCAUGACAACCUGAGCUGUGUUCCAGUGUAGUUUAUAUUACAUCGCUGAUACUGCAAAUACUCUUCUAUAGAUUCUGGGCAGUGUGUGUUUUUCUUUGCAAAGUUGGAAUAUUGGGGUGGCAUGUCUGGGAUUUUUUUUUUUAUCUCUUACUUUUUUUUUCCCCCCAAUUCAUUUGUCAAAUACAUAUGAGCUUGUAAAUGACCUUCUGAGGGGAUAUGGGGCAUGACUUGAAUAAUGAACCAUUCAUUAGUGUAGCUGCAGCUUUUGACAGAGUGUCAAAAAAUGGCCCAGUGUUCAUUUUAAAAAUGGCUUAGUGAUCACGGAACAAUACAAGGUGGGGCGUGAACCCAUUUCAGCUUGUAUUCAAGCAAGUGAAAUUUCUAUGAAAUGAUGGGAUUAAUGAAAGGUGAUUUUAUAGUAAAUAGUAGAUACAGUUGUGUUGAGGGAUUGAAACAGCUGGAAGCAACUGAUAUACAUGUUUUUACUGAACUGAAGAGUCGGUGAAGUGGGAGUGAGAGUUAUAUACAUGAUGUGUGCACACAGUGUCUGGAGUUAUAAGGGCUACAGGCUUAAAUCUGCCUUGUUUCGGUACUAUAGAGAUGUAAAGCCUGAUGUUACACUAAUAGACUAAAAUGGGACCCGGUGCAAUGAGACAAUUUAUACUGAAAACCUCACUCUAGAAAACAAAUGUGUGUAGGGCACAGCACACAGUUUCUUACUUCUGCUGACUAACAAUCCUACAGAUAAAAUGAGUCGUUCAUCUAAAGGUUGUUUAUGGAAAUUUUCUGUACACUAAAUGUUUUUUAAAUCAAGAACUGCUGAAAACUGACUUCUAAAUUUGAGAAAUGCCCUAAAAUUUUGCCUGAUCUUAAAUAUUACUACAGUACCUUGGUCUUAAGGCUAAGAGCAUGGAGAAUGUUGUACUUCUGGGGUCAAACUGGCCUUUAUGGUUCAACUCGCACCAGGUAGUGGCUUUUUAUCUUUAUUUAAAAUGAGUAACUUGCCUUUUCUAUUAACUUUCAACAAUUUUGUCAGACUGUUACAUACCACUUCAUGCCCUCUAUCUGGUUUGUUUUGUAGGCCUGUUUUACCACUAGUAAUUGAAGGAAUCAUCAUUAUUUCCAUUAGGAACCGGCUGCACAAUCCCAGUUCAGCAGGGAAAAUUUUUUUUUUUUUAAACAGUGUUUCAUUCAAAUUAGUUUCUUGCCAACAAUUUAGCGAAUUUGGAAAAGAAAGUAACUGUAAUGAGUUAAGCAAACCAAAUAGCAGUUGUUUAUUCAGUGAUGCUAUUAAAGAAGACAACAACAACUAAUUACAUUUGUAUAGCGCCUUUCACGUGGUUGAGAAUUUAAAUAGAUUUAUUUUGCCAUUGUAUAAUGAGAUGUUUUAAAUGGGUUGCAUAGUUAGACACUCUUCUCUCUUGGCUAUGAAUUCAGCCUGCACUGAUGGGAUGGAAUUCUUCUCCCUCCCUCUCUCGCGAGAGGGGCUUGCAUUGGGACAGUGCAAACUAGUUUUUAACAAACUAUAAAUGUCACACCAAAGGUGGAAUGGUGCAGGCAAUGGCCACUUAGUUUUUUGCUGUGCAGAUGGAGCUUUAUUUUGCAUCCAGCCUAUUCUGUUCCUGUGUUGGAAAAAUAAUCCAAAUAUACCAUUCUCCACCAUCGGCAUCCUUUAAAAUAUCGACGAGCGCAAAAUUAACUCCAGUCUAGGAGUUUGCUUGUUUGAAAAUUACAGCGAAAUGUUCAACUAAUGUCAGUGCCUUCCAUCAACCACAACAGCUGUUUGUGCGAGGCACAAGUGUUGCUCGGGGUUGUGGUUGGCACCGGCGUUCUUCACAAUGGGCAGUGAGUGCAGUGUGACAAUUUGUCUGUUCACUGAGUUGAGUAAGUGGUUGUUGGUGCUCUCUUUAUGCCUUUGCUUUAGAUCGGAUUAUGUUUUAGAUUUGACCCUUUAUUUUGACUGAGGGCCCAAGUACGAUAGUUUGUUCUGGAGGCUUUAUUGUUGGAUGUAGUGUUUCUUCAAAAAAAAAGUGUUAUUGCUAGGUUCCCAACAGCAUUGUCUGACUGGUUUGUGUGUACACCACUCAGUGACUGUCGUGGAACUCCUUUUACAAACUAUUCGCUGAAUCGUACAAAUCCCUGUCUUGUGAGAGCAAUGUCUUUGCUCAUCAAAAUACCUCAUAAUAACACACCAAGAUUUUUGUAAGGAGAAAGUUACAUUUGCCUAAGCAAUUAACUGGAAAUAAUGAAAUAAGUGAUGUUGGUUACAAAUAGUGCUGGGUUCUCUUGACCCAAGGCUAGUGGUAAUGAAUGGGGAGAUGGGGCUAGUUUUCUAUUGUCAGCGUGUUUUGAAUUAAACUAUAUUGGCACAAGCUAGAUUUCAUAACCUAAGCAAACUUACUGUUUUUAUUGAGUAAGAAUUCGCUCUCCAUGCAUGCACAUAGGUAGUCAGUUCAUGUGAGGUAUGUUUUAUCAAUGUCAAUAAUUAGCAGUGUUUUACUUUAUACUCUUGCCAUCCCUGUAAAGUCAUGUGGUCAGUGUGGGUUUAGUUCCAAACUGGAGCCUUGCAAUAGGGGUUUUGGGCUAUAAUUCCUGGAAGAUGUGGUUCUCGCGCGCGCACACACACACACUAAAGUAACUUAUACUAAGGAUUUUUCCAGGAUGGAGCAUGUUUGUGAGUUACAAUACAAGGCAUUGCAAUACAAACUGCCUAAUCUAUCAUUUCGAUAAGAUUUUGUUUGCACUGUAAUAUUUUGCUACCAGUCAGACUUGACCUGCAGAAUUUGUACAUUAUAGAAAUGGGGAUAACUCCACAAUGGAAGUGGUCUGUAGUCUAAACACUUCAGAUUAUUGGUACGUUGCAAAAUACUAUUUUUAAAGACCGUGGGAAAUUAAAUGGUCCUGGUGAUUUUUAAAUGUGUGUGACAGAAACUAGACGUAGGAGUUUGUUGUAGAGAGUGACUAUUUAUUCUGUUGUGUGUUCCAUGUUCAAAGUCACGUUAUAAAUAAUUCUUACCUUUGACACCAGGGAGACGUUUCGACGUGUUUCGCAGGAUGUCCUGUACUGUAAAGCACAAUGACUGUGUGUUUUGCAUGUGAACAUCUAGGAGGAGUGACUGCUGCAGACCUGAAAUGUUUCUGGUUGUUGUGAUCCGGAUUGUAUCAUGAUCCACAUUACAUGAAUAUCUACCAUUGUUUCUAGAACUUCUCUCCCCCCCCCCUCCACCCCGGUUUUGCUGGUCCCUAAAAUAGCUUAAGACUUUUUUUUAAUAAAUAAAAGGGUGGGGGGGGUGUAUUGAAAUUAUCUUAACGGCUUCAGAAUGACAUCUAAGCACAGGUCCAAAUGAAUCCUGUGCAAUUUUACUCCGUCUACCCAAAAAGGACAACUGCUACAGUAUAAUAUAUACCGGUUGUCAAAUCAAAUAAUGCAGUCAGUUUGCACCUCAAAGCCAUUUGGUACCUGCACGUGUAAACGCGUAGCUUCCACCCAGAAUUUCUGCUGGAACCUUUCAGUACCUUAAAAGAUCUCUGGCGAGCUGCGAGUAAUGGGAGGUCCAAAAAUCAGACGGCCCAGCUUCUCUCUCCUCUGGCCCUUUCAACACAACGUCAUUUCAUUUCUUCGGAGCGAUUAUUCGAUUGUACCAAUACCGGGUACCCGGGUACUUCCAAGAGUUUUGGGGGCCAGAACCGAACAGUUAAUCCUGUCCAUGAAUUGAUCGCUAUUAUUAUUGACUGCUAGCAAUAUUGAUUCCUGAAGCAUGAUCAACCCUGAAGUUUCUUCUGGAGAAAUUUCACAGUUCAUACAAUAAUCUAAUGUAAUGGUGUAUAUCUUAUACCAAUGCGUUGUUAGGAACCCAAGAUAGAUGGAUGGAUAGAUGGAUGGAUGGAU